AUGGAAAAAUUAAGUGGACAACAAUUGAUUGAAAAAGCUUCAAAAUUAAUUUCUGAAAAUAAAUUAGAUGAAGCAGUCAAGAUUUUUUCAUAUUUGGUUGAAAAAUUACCUGAUGCUCAUUUACCUUUAUUGAGUAGAUGUACUUGUUUAAUUCAAUUGGAAAAAUAUGAGGCAGCAUUAAAAGAUGCAAAGAAGAUGUUGGAUUUGCCAAAUAUUCCUUUCUCGGAUGAUGUUGCACCUGGUAAUUCUACUUUACACUCUGUAGCAUAUGCGAGAGCUGCUAAAUGUUAUAAAGAACUUGGUCAGAUUGAAGAAGCGGAAAAAUUAUUAAAAAAACGGGUAGAAAUAGAAAAAAAGGAAGUUCCUAAAUCUAGUCCAAAUAAUUCUGUGGAAAAAUUAAGACUUCAAGGUAAUCAAUCUUAUAAAAAUCGUAGAUACGAAGAUAGUUUGGAAUCAUACUUAAAAGCACUUGAAAUCGAUCCCAAUGAUUUGUUGGUUAAUUCAAAUUGUGCUCAAGUGUUAAUUAAAUUGGGAAGAUUUGAUGAUGCGUUAAUUUAUGCAGAGAAUUGUAUUAGACUUAAUAGGACAUGGUCAAAGGGUUAUUAUAGGAAAGGAUGCAUAUUGUUUGAACAAAAGAAAUACCAAGAAGCACUUUCAACAUUUACAGCUGCCAAAGUUUAUGGAAUUGAUGAAUCUGAUAUCAACAAAAAAGUAGAGUUUGCUCGUAAACAGUUACAAAAACAAGCCGAAUUUAAAAAGUUGGAAUCCAGAUCCAAAAAAUUUUCAUUAAUUAAAAAUUAUAUUACAAUUUUGACAAUAAUAAUUGCUAUUCUUUCGAUCAUUAUGUAUUACUUUACUGAUGAGAUUGGAAAUGUUACAGGACAUUUGAUAAGUCUAAUUGGGAGAAUGUUUGACGCGUAUUUUGGAGAUAUUUGGUGA